UGGUUCUGUAAAAGUUGGCUGAACGAUUUUCUUCGAUCCUCUUAAAGGAAGCCAUUUAGUAUUAUCUUUUGCUAGAAGAAUUACAGUUAAAAACGACGGCCAAUUGAGAACGUGUAAGUUAAGCCCGCAGGUAGAGGGGUAAGCGUGUUUUAGCUGGUGACAACAGUACGGUAUGCAGAUACGAAGCCGGGGUAAACCGGGAAGCCGUAGUUCUUGGAGCGUAGUAAUCGUAGUAGCGCCGGACAGUCAACGACACUCGAAAGCUCUGGAUAGACUGUGGAAAUAUACAGACAAAUAUGCGGCUGAUCCUCUUCGAACUAUACUCGGUACUCUUCUUAUUAACGGAGAUCGAUGCAGCAGGAAUCGGUGAAGCAUGGCAAGUUUCCCCAUACGGCAAAGACUAUUGGAACCAUCCAUCCUGGCCAAGAUCAGACUCCUCCGCCUUCGAAAUUCGCACUGUCAGUGGAUUUGGUCAUCUGAACCCUUUCGAAAACGUACGAAAAAGCUCGAACCCCGAGGAAAUCGAACCAAACGCCAUCCCCGAGGACGCAAUCGAAGAGAAAAUCAUCCGCACAGGUAUUAUGAUGACUGUUCUGCAACCGAAUAAUAAGGAAAUCGUGUCCAGGAUACGUCGCGACGCAGAUAACGAGACCAAUCUCGAAGAAAUCUCCACUAAUAAGAAUGUACGAGAGGCGCGUCUCAGUUCGUCAGAUUCAUGGUCCACUCAACCUCUGUCCAUCGAAUUUCCUCGUCGCAGUAGUUUGGAUCAAAUGAUCCAAACGGUAGACGACGAAGAGUUGGCAAACAGCAGAGGCUAUGCGGCGGUGCCGAGAGCAGACUUUGUGACCAGCCACCAUAGAAGGAGCUACGAGCACCGUGAACCUCGAGACAUGCCGGUGACUAGGAAUUACGACGAUUACGAUUCCGACUACUCCUGGUAUCGCAACACCGUCAGAGAACGAGACUACGAGCCUAUCACCUAUCGUCGUGGCUUCAGUUACUACUACCCCGAUCGUUACAGGAUGGAGAGGGACUACUACACGCGUCUGCCCAACGACUACUCCUACUACUACGACCGCUACAGGGACGAGGACUUGGACUUGUACGGCAGAAACAGACCCACACCGAAGCCUAAGAGGAUCAUUUACUACGCCACGUUACCUGAAAUCGUCAGGAAGCCCGUGGACCUCAGGAACUAUCCAAGACCUUAUGACGGUGGUACCAGGACACCGACCUCCAGGGACGGAAGUUAUAAACGCAUUCCAGGGAACGUUGAUCCAACCAGAUAUCGUUACAGACAUCCAUACGAUAAUUACGAUUCUUACUCGAAACGAUCCAGUAUAGCGGAUAGACCUUAUCCUUAUCCUUACCCUGAAGAGGAGAGUCGUCGAAAGGUGACACUGGAGAACCUGCGUAACAACGAGCAGUUGGAUCAGAAUAAUGAUAGAAAAAUUGGUAGUCAGAGAAACGAUGGUAAGUUACCUUCUUGGCCGGUGGUGCAGAUAGGGACUGAAGUCAGUGUCAAGGAUGACGAGAGAAUCCCUGGAAGGAAGAUCUUUGGAGAAAGUAAUGGAUACGAGAGAUAUCAGAGCGCACAGCUGCAGAAAGCACCGGAUGCCACCGGGUCCAGCGAACUGCAGAGCGACAAUUAGAAUCAGUUAGAAUGUCUUUUCUUCUUUUCUUCUUUUCUUCUUUUCAGAGGAUUUAUGCGUUUUUCGAAGUAUUUUUUUUAUCAAUAGGAAUAAUCAUUCCUAUUUAGAUAAGAUUUCAUUUGAAACUUCAUUUAUGACAGAAAGCCAAGAGAAACUAUUUCAACAAGGGCUGGUGGUGAAGGUUCUUCAAUCAUUUUUAUACUAUUUUGAUAUACCUACAUUGACUCUGUAGCAAGUAUGAAUUUUAUUUAUUUUUCAAUUAUAUUUGUAACGAUGAUAUUGUAUUGUACAUCUUG